AGGGGGGAACCAGUGUUAUCUCUGGGGAAAGAGAUCAUUCAGACCCUGGGGAUGGUCGUCGGUAUUACCCGGGUGGGAAGGAGAAAGAAGACCAGGGGAUGGCAGAGAGACGUAGCUAUAUCAUCUAUCUAAUACUUCGUUCCAAGCCACCAUGCUGCCCACCAACAAGUACCCCCCCCAUCACACAUACACCUCCUGCCCGGCCUCACCACGAUGGAUAGCUACGAUUUAGUCAUCGCAAACGGGGUCUGCGUGACGGCCGCGGACGUGGCCCCUUGCGACGUCGCCGUCAAGGGCGAGAAGAUCGUGCUGCUAGCCCCCUCGGGGUCGCUGGCUGGCGCGGCGACGAAGCGCCUGAUCGACGCUGAGGGCGGCUACGUCAUGCCCGGCGGCAUCGACUGCCACGUGCACCUCGAGGAGCCGAGCCUGUUCGGCCAGGGCUCGUCGGCCGACAGCUUCGAGUCGGGCACGCGCUCGGCCGUGGCCGGCGGCAACACCACCGUCGUCGCAUUCGCGCCGCAGCAGAAACACCUCGACUCGGUGCUCGCCGCCCUAGCCGACGCGCACGCCCUCGCCCGGGGCAACUGCUACUGCGACUACGGCUUCCACACGCUCGUGGCGAACCCGUCGCCGACGGCGCUGUCUGAGUUCCCGCGCCUGGCCGGCGGCGAGGGCGUCACCUCGCUCAAGGUCUACAUGACGUACGCAGCCCUGCAGCUGCGCGACGACGAGAUCCUGUCGGUGCUGCUGGCCGCCCGGCGGAGCCGGCUCCUGACCAUGAUCCACGCCGAGAACGGCGACGCGCUCGCCUGGCUUACCGACCGGCUGGAGGCCGCGCACCUCUUCGCCCCGCGGUACCACGCCCACGCCCACGCGCCAGCGCUCGAGUCCGAGGCGACGCACCGCGCCAUCGCGCUGAGCGCGCUGCUCGCCGGGACGCCGAUCCUGCUGGUGCACGUCAGCGAGCCGGCGGCGGCGCGGCGCAUCCGCGAGGCCCAGGCGGCCGGGCAGCCCGUCUUCGCCGAGACCUGCCCGCAGUACCUGUUCCUCACGCGCGACGACCUCGACCGGCCGGGCUUCGAGGGCGCCAAGUGCGUCUGCGCGCCGCCGCCGCGGACCCGCGCGGACCAGGCCGCCCUCUGGCGCGGCCUGCGCGACGGCACCUUCGCCGUCCUGUCGUCGGACCACUGCGCCUUCCGCUACGACGACGCCGCCGCCGGCAAGAAGACCAGCGUCUCCCCGGCGCACCCCGUCGGCCGCUUCCGCCACAUCCCCAACGGCCUGCCUGGCGUCGAGACCCGCCUGCCGCUCGCCUUCGCCGCCCGCAAGCUGCCACCCACGCGCUUCGUCGAGGUGAGCAGCACCAACGCCGCUAAGCUGUACGGCCUGUACCCGCGCAAGGGCAGCAUGAUCCCCGGCGUCUCGGACGCGGACCUCGUCGUGUGGUACCCCGCGGGGGCGCUGGGCGAAUUCGCGCUGACGAACGACAUGCUGCACCACGACGCGGACUACACGCCCUACGAGGGACGCACGCUCGACAAUUGGCCGCGGUACACCAUCCUGAGGGGCCAGGUUGUCUGGGAUCGGGACGGCGGCGGCAUUGUGGGCGAGAAGGGCUUUGGGAAGUUUCUAAAGAGGGAGAGGAGCUCCUUACAUGGGAUUUGGGAGACAGUAGAGGAAGAAGGGCCUUUUGACCUGGAAGCCUUGUGAUAGGGGGCAUGACGAGUAGAGGCGGGGGAUGAUAGUGGUCUUUCACAGAUGCAGGAACAUAGGCAAACCAUGUUCCCUAUGAUCCCGACGUCUACUAUAAGUUCAGCAAUACCUACGAUAUUGGGCUUUCCUACAUAUUUUUUGUGC